GCUGCACUGCAUACGCGCCGUGGCGGAGAGCGAAGAUGGCGGAGAAUAACGUUGAAGCGGAGCACGACUGGGGCGACUGGGCCCUGGAUGCGGCCGAAGAUACUGUCAUUGCGAUGGAAACCCUGCUGGCCACGCUGAGAGCUUUCGAAGACGUUCUCAGACAGCAAGACAUAUCCGUGGCAUCUUCCACGGAGUACUGCGACAACUUCUGCCAGGCACUGAUGCAUUAUGCUGGGAGCAGGAACUCCAUAGAGCAUGGUCUACCUCUUCUGGAGGUGUACUGCCUGUCCAUAAACUGCUUUGCAGCAGCCAGAUCCCAUCUCACUGCAGAGUCCGACAGAGUGGGACUCGUUUUGAAGAGACUGGCUUUGAGCUGUUUUGAACUACUCCUGUCGGUGCCUGAGAAUGAAAUCCCAUAUGAAGCUUGGCUUCAGUUCCACCACUCUGUUCAGAUCGCCCACGAUACACUGAUACAGUAUGGAAGCACUGACCUCCAAGCACUACUCCAAAUCACAGGAGAAGGUGGAGCAUGGAGCAACCCAAUCCUCAACGCCCUCCUCACUGGCCAGUCCACCAGGCCAGAGGACGUUAAUGCCUACAUAAGCUUGGAAGGUGAGGGCUUCAUGGAGAUGCGAGUGAAACAUCUGGAAAAGAUGGGCGAGGUGGCCAAGGCCGGAGUGUUGGCCAAAGCUUGCGCUGAAUGCAGCCUUAUUUCCAACCAGGGAAUGUUUCGGCAAAUAUACGUCUCCCAGCUCUGUCACCUGCUGCCCAAUGAAGAGGCCAUAAUGGAGAUAUCCAGACUGGACUGUAAGGAUGUGCUUGACGUCACAAGCAGUUUGGAGACGGAGGGAGAGGACAACACAGCCUUCAUUCUGUGCACAACCUUCCUAACUCAGCAGCUGCAGCAGGAGAGUCUUUACUGCUCCUGGGAUUUGAUAUCGUUGUGGAGUAAGCUCCAGAGAAGACUUGACCCCUCGUCGACGUCUCUCCUGGAACGAUGCCUUCAGCUCGGUGCCAUUGCCAAAACUGUCCAACAUCUGCUUUACCUGGUCCGUGUGAUUCAGGCAGAGGUGGAGGAAGUUGGAGUACCUGCCUCAGUAGAGCUUUGUGUCAAAGCUCUUCAACUUCCAAAGCAGGACGACUCAGAAACAAGAACAUCCAUUUGUAAGACGGUGUCCUGCCUUCUUCCCAAUGAUCUUGAAGUUUUGCGUGCCUGCCAGCUCACAGAGUUUCUCCUUGGCACCAGCCAGGAAGCUUACACAUGUCUGAAGGAGCUCUAUAUGCGCCCAGACCAAAAGUAUGACCAGGAAGGCAAAGUUAUUCCCAACUCGCUCCGCUGCGAGUUGCUGCUAGCACUUAAAGCCUACUGGCCUUUUGAUCCUGAGUUCUGGGACUGGAAAACUCUUAAAUAUCACUGCAUAUCACUUCUAGGGAUCAGGCCGGAGUCAGAUGAAGAGGAGGAUGAAGAGGAGGAGGAGGAGGUGGAAGACAAACAAGAGAAGGCAAAACAGCUGGAGCCACUUGGAGGGCCAAUAAAAAAUGAAUCUGAGCCCCACAACAGGAUAAAUGGUGGUCUUGAGGUGGAUAAAAAUCAGAUCAAUAACCACACAGACAUUAAGGGAAAGUGCGAGAUUAAAAGGCCAAAGCUGCGCUGUCAGAUUUGUAAGAGGUCCAUCACAGACAUACAAAUAAUUCAUCACUCCAAAAGACACACAGAGAAGAACAAUCACCCCUGCCCUAUUUGCUUGGAGGACUUCAGGAGCAGAAAGGACCUGAUUCCUCACCUGAGAAGACACAUUAAGAACCAGCUGCCUCCUUCCCAAAACAGCGUGAAGAAAGAGAACACGCAGAAACAAGUGGAUGACGACAAUGACGUUGAACCCGGCGAGAUUACCGUCGACCCCUCAUUGAUGCUGUAUUACAAAUCCACACAUGACCCCGACGUGUUGCAUCACAUCGUUGAACAAGCCCAAACCGCCAAGGAGAAGCAGGAGGACAAUGACGAGCUUGUGACAUUCGAUUACAUGGAAAAACACUUCAAGCUGCAGAACCGGGAGGUGUAUCCGUGCCCGGGAACCAAAUGUACUCGGGUCUUUAAACAUUCCAAGUACUUGUACGUUCACCUGAAAUCAGAGCACAAAGGGGAUGAAAAUGUGAAACAUUUUCAUCAGAUGAGGGACAAAAGGGAAAAAUGUGUCUUCUGCCGACGUCACUUUGUCUCAGCUUACCAUCACCGUAAACACAGGAAAGUUCACUACGGCGACCAGCCUUACAUGUGUGUGGUUACCGGCUGCGGCGCUCGCUUCGGGACAUCUAAUGAACUUGUGAUGCACAAGCACACCCACGGCCUUCAGCUGAACUACCAGUGUGAGCUCAAAGGCUGUUAUGUCGCAUACUCGGACCUGGGGCAGAUAUAUCAUCAUGAAGCGCAGCAUUUCAGAGAUGCAGCCUUUACCUGCAGUGGUGCUGAAUGCAAAAAAUUCUUCUUAUCAAAAAAGGACUUCCUAAAGCAUUUAUCCACGCACAACAUAACUUUCACAGAAAACGACUUUGAGGCUCAGAGAAGGGCUAAGAGGAAAUUCUUUAAGGCUGUUCGUGAAGUGAUGGUGCGCCCCGUCAAGCCUGUGGAUGCGACAGACGCUUUAAAUGGCGACGUCUUGAACUCUCAGUCACUUAGUUGUGCCUCCGCGUUACAAGAACCUGAGAUCAGGGACCCUAAGGCGACGACAACACUAGUGGCUGUGUGCUUCGACGGGAGUAAAUUCACGUGCGGCUUUGAGAAGUGCGGAAUGACGUUUUCCAGAGCCAGAGACGUCCAGAGGCAUUUAAAAUGUGCUCACCCGGAACAUCUUAAAUUGGAGAACAGAGAACACAAACAGGACAUAGAGGAGAACUCGAUGCCCAAGGAGAUAAAGCCUGAAACGGAGCCAGAGAGCGAGGAGCAGGGAGAACAUGAACACUUAACUCCAUUGUUACCUGCGGAGUCGGGCAAAGAGAAAAAGGUGUCCCCUCAUGCCAAAUCCAAUGAGACGAGCUGUUUAGGCCUAAACACAAAAGGUGACGCUCUGAAAGAAAUCCUUAUUGGGCUGAGUAAACUAAGCCUGAGCCCCUCAUCGUCUCACAGCUUGCAAAACAAGACCCCUCAGUCCAACGCCGACUUGAAAGCAUCUCAAACGUCCCUACAUCAAGCAAUCAUAGCGAAGCCUCCUGUUGUGUUGCUCAAGAAGAAACGACACCUGCUAGAAGAGAAGGUAAAAGCCGAAGCCGAACAAACGCUAGUAACGGCUGAGGAAGAUAGCGUGGAACCGUUAGCCACAGCUAAGCCGUAUGUCUGUGAGAUGAAACGGUGUGGCUUUCGGACUGCUCGGAGCUACAGCUUGCUGCGGCACUAUCUGUCCAUACAUAACCGCACCGUUGACGAGGCCAAGCAGCUGACCUCCUCCUUCAAGCCCUACAAGUGCCAACUCUGUACCAAGAGUCACAGAGAAAAGAAAGUGCUGAAGGCCCAUUAUAUUCAAACACAUAACAUGAGUGAGGACUUCUUUGACAAACUGAGCUUUGGAUCUGUGCAAUUUAAAGGAAACAAGGUGUCUGCAACAACAAAGCAUUCCAUGAAUCACAGUAAAAAGGUUAAAAAGAAGGAUGCUCUGAAACUACAACACCAGCACGAGGCAAAGAAAGAGACCGGAAUUAGUGAAAAUGGAGAAAACGGCAGCAAUCAUUCCUCAGUGGAAGAAGGAGAGGAUGAAAUGGAGCACAAAGAAAAAGAUGAUGAGCAGAAGGAGCAAAGCGGGGAUAAGACCACCCAGGUCAGAACGAGGCGUGUGGUGGCCAAAAGCAACCUGUGUUACAUCUUGGAUAAAUUCAGCAAACCGUUUCACUGUGUGGCGAAAAACUGCGACGCAGCUUUUUCCACUCAGGGAGGUCUCGUUCGACACCUGCAGUUUGUGCAUCACUACAACCGCUCUCAGCUCCUGCUGGAAAGAGAUGCCGAUGUGCACAGCAGUCCUGAAGCCAGAAGGGAACCUGCAAAGAAAAGACCUCUUGCAAACUCUGAUGAACCUCAGCCCCAGUUCAAGUGUCACUUUGCAAACUGUUCCGCCUCCUACCACCUUAAAAGCAGUCUGGUGCGGCACACGCGAGAUUAUCACUCUCGACCUCCUGAGCUCAUACGGUGCAAAUUUGACGGCUGCUCAAGGGUCUUCAGCCACAAUGAGGCCCUUAAGAAACACACGCUUUACAGCCACUGUGAGUACUAUGACUCAUUGGUGGUACGGCUGCAGAGCACACACAAAAAGUCAGUUACCGGAUGCCAAAAGAAGGUGAUAGUUACACCAAAUAGUCCUCAGAAAGAGGAAACUUCUUCACCCGCCGCUGAGAAUUCAGAGUCUGAAGGGACGGCCCAGUCAGAAAAGAAGGGCAACGACGAUGCUGAUGUGAAAAAGGCGUCAGAAAAGCCAAAGAAAGAUAUGUUUAGCGGUUUUGUCUUAAGAUCUCAUGAGGAAGCACUACAGAUGUGUCAGGACCGUUGUUUGCGUGCAGCUUACCCGUGCAUGGUCCAAGACUGCGACUCUGUCGUUACCUACCUGCACAGCUUGCACCGUCACUACCUGGGGGUGCACCGCAUGCGUCGAGAAGAUCUCAGCACACACGAAGGUAAACUUGUUUUUAAUGCAGAGCAGCUUGAGGUGCUGAUCCAGAGGAAGUCCGCCAGGCCACCUGUUACGGGAGAAUGUUCACCUGAAGCGGUUCAGAAAACGGAGCUCCAAGCAGAAAACACAGAGGGGCAGCCUCCACCUCUGAGUCCCCCGGCAGUCGGAGAUGAAACACAGGACGAGGACAGCCGUGAGCCUCUAGCAUUGCCAGAGGAGAAGCAGGUGGAGCUUCCACAUGUUGAGAAAAGUGAGGUUGCCAAUGAGGUGCUUAAAGAUGGACUGAUCAAGGAAGAGCCUACUGAGGAGCCAACUGUAGCUGUAGCACCUCAGACCACUACAAAACAAGAUGAAAGAUCAAUUUUAGACAAAUUCAAACCACUUCUUCGCCCAGUCACUGUUGAUCUUUCACCUCCAUGCUCGCUGCGCUUUACUUCUGAGGCAGGCAUCAAAGAUGGCGCUAAAAUACUAAACAACUCGACGUCGCCGCCGUCGCCACCCUCGGCUCCUCUUCGCCAGCCACUGAAACGGAAAAACGAACUUUCUGAACAGCCUUUCAACUUCAAAGAAGCCAAGCCUAAAAGCCCCUCUCCAGGCCCUUUUGACAUUGCUGCCUAUAAGCCCAUGGGCUUUGAGUCUUCCUUCUUGAAGUUCAUUCAAGAAACAACUCCAGUGGAGACAGAGCAACCAGUGAAACAUCAGGAGACUUUCAAACGCAGCGGCUCUGUGAAGGAGAACAACCAGUUGGGAAUCUCUCACACCCGCAGCAGACGCACUCAUUCCCCACUGGUGAAGCCCCAAGUGAUGACUGGAGACUUCACCUCGGUACAAAACUUGAAGUCCAUCCUGGACAAAGCCCUGGCUGGGUGUGGGGACCUGGCCAUAAAGCAGCUACAGUACCUCAGACCAGUGGUGGUCCUGGGAAGACCUGUAUCCAGCGCCACCAUGAAUGACCUCUUCUCAUCGAAGACAAACAGCAAACUGCUUCAUGGAAGUUAGUUUCACUGAGCACCUUUUUUAACUUGGCAAUGAAAAAUGACUUUCUUUUCAUAAACUAUGUAUCAGUAUUUUUUAUUUGAUCCAAAAAAAAAAAAAAAAUUCAGUUUUGUUUUAAUUUAACUGAACUUUUGUAGAAAUUAGCAUAAGAAUAAAACAACAAGCCUCAUAGGUGCCCAUCAGAACAGUCUGACAGUAUUUUAGACUUUAUCAAAGCUGUCAGAUAACAUUCAAUGUGUUAAUUCACUCCUAAGUGUGUAUAUAUACUCAAGCCCUCCCAAGUACAUGUAUAGCUUUUCAGAUUGUUAGAAAUGAUCAGUAGCAUAAUGCCAAGCCUUUUCACUAUUGUGAAAAUGUGAAAUAUUUCCCUACUAUUAAGGUCCAGAGAAGUAUGUUUGGUUAUUUUUCACUUCUGUUGAUAUGAAAUCAGUGUUGGCAGCAGUUCUUGGACAACAUGUAUGUAAUGAUUUCUAAUUAAAAAAGUAAUGUGGAAAC